AUGGCAUUGGGGAAAAAGAGAUUAGGUGGUGCUGCGAAAUCAUCAUCAAACUCGAAUCGAAACCUAUAUGGNGAUGGAGGAUUAGGGUUAGAGUUUAUUAAGCACAAGAGAGGAUUUGGGAAGAAGAGAAUCUACGAAAAUACAUUGGGGAAAAGUCGAGAGCUUGAAGCUCUUCCUCAAGAUAUUUUGGUAAAUAUUAUUUGUGGAGUGGAGCAUGAAGACUUAAAACAAUUGUUUAAUGUGUCCAAGACUAUAAGAGAAGCUACAUUGAUCGCAAAGGAAUGGCGUUUUGAAUACAAAACACCAAGGAAAACUCUGUUUUUCCGGGGUGGGAUUGAUUCGAUGAUCGAUUUGGAAGAUGAAAUCCAAGCUCCAUUGCUGAAAAAGCAUCGCCUUUCAAGGAUAACCUGCCACAAGAAAGUUUCGAAAAUCGCAAUGGCUCUUUUCAAAUGA